AUGGACUACUACCUCUUGCCCUACCGCGGAAUCACCGCGUUCUUUCUCAAAUUCCCUUCCAUCAAGGACUUCUUCAACAACUACAGGCCCUAUGUUCGCCACCUUCCCGUGUCGAAGCCUCGUCGGCAGAAGAAGGCCGCUGCCCCAAUCACCUGGAACAAUAACCCGUCUCGCCUCGCCCGCAUCAUGAACAGGGGUACCUUCGUCAUGUCCGAUUGGACCAACGACAGCAACGUCGUUCGUCAGGGAUACAACUCGUACGACGUUCCACAAGGAUCCGUCCUCUUUGGCAACGAUCCUAUCGCGCCACCGGACCCCCGCACCUACGAGCUUGCCUUAUCCCCAGCUCGUUAUGUCCCCAAGAAGUCGCAGAGCGACUCUCUUCUCUAUUUCACCUCCGACGUUCCUCAAGAUUCUCUGCUCUUCCAAGUCGGACCCCCAGGUGGGACGCUCGACAUACCGAUUCGCCCCAAGGCUGGCGAGGGCAAGCCGUCGUUCCUGGACUGGAACAACGUCCGCCGCCUUGCCGCCGCCUUCUACGAGAAGCAAGUUGGCGCACGCAACAAUACACUUGACGUCAGCUGGGAAGGAAACCAGGUCGAUCAAGCCUAA